GUCUCACCCUUGGCUACUCAGGAGAAGAUAACAGGAGGUUCAACUUUUGAUAUAUUAGAGGUGGGAAGCUACCUGACAGAGCUAGAAGGAAUCAGCCAGCUAUGCUUCCUGUUCAGUUAUGUUUUCCAGAGGGAUAACCAAUUGGCUGAUACAGUAACCAAUGAAAAGUAACCUGACUCCAUUGACCUGCUUAACCUUACAUGGGAACUAUGGAAAGGAGCAGCCGUUUUCUUUGAAACAGUGGAACAGCCUGAGAAAAUGGCAAGUAACAUGCUUAACCAAAGACAGCGGACUUUGUCGACAUCUGGAGAAGCUCUAUAUGAAAUUCUUGGUCUACAUAAGGGAGCAUCAAAUGAAGAAAUUAAAAAAACCUACAGAAAAUUGGCCCUGAAAUACCAUCCUGACAAGAAUCCAGAUGAUCCAUCUGCUGCUGAGAAGUUUAAAGAAAUCAACAAUGCUCACACAAUACUUACCGACCGGUCAAAGAGAAACAUAUAUGACAAAUACGGAUCACUGGGACUCUAUGUGGCUGAGCAAUUUGGAGACGAAAAUGUUAAUACCUACUUCAUGCUAUCAAGCUGGUGGGCAAAGACUCUGUUUGUCAUCAUUGGCCUCUUGACUGGCUGCUAUUUUUGCUGCUGUCUGUGCUGCUGUUGUAACUGCUGCUGUGGACGUUGCCGGCCAAAAGCAUCAAUACCAGAAGAGGACUUCUAUGUGUCUGCAGAGGAUCUUGAGGAGCAGAUCAAAACAGACAUGGAAAAAGAUGUGGAUUUUCCAGUUCUUCUCCAACCUACAAAUGCAAAUGAGAAAACACAGCUAAUUAGAGAAGGACCUCGAAGUUAUUGCACAGACUCUUAAUAUUGAAUCCAUUAAGAGUCCACAGUACCUCCUCUUUGUUCAGUCAUGUGACCACGUGGUCAUGGGGGAGUGGGAAGGGGCUGGACUGCUGUGAAAUUUUCCACAUUUGUAUUUUAUUUUUAGGUUAGGGAAAGAUGUUUGCUACAUAAUUUUCUUAGGAUGCAGAUUCACUCUUUGAGUAAAACUCCUAAUGAAAUAUUCCAUUUUGAUGAAUAAAGACCUAAAAAAUUGAUUCCUGCUCCUUGCCUGAGGAGAGACAGUGGCACUGGACAGGCUUUGUGAACUUGCCUUUUAUGUGAGCUGGACCUCAUAACUUACAGACUGAAGUAGUAUUCCCAUAUGGAAGCUACUGUUCAUUUAUUUAACUAAUGCAAUAUUCACAUCUACCACAAAUAACAUCAACAAAAUAGACAAGAGAAUUUCUGAGGAAUUGUGAUUAUGUGGAGAUUUGUAACUGUCAAUAUUCAGUAUGAUUACAAAAAUUUUUCAGGAAGCAGGAAGAAAUUAUUAGGUUAAGAAGAUCACAUUAUUUUAAAAUAUAUUUUUGAAAGAUUAUAAAUGGCAUUACUGAAAAUUGACAAGUAAAACCAGGAAGAAACAUGUGCUGUGUGUACUUCAGGCUGUAAUUAAAAACAAAAACAAAACUUUAGCCUAUUUAAAUGUUAAACAUGGUCAAGAAAAUCAUUCUGUGCCCAAACCAGCCCCCAACAAUGUGUUGAUCAUUUUUAAGUUAAAAAAAAUUUUAUACAACUGACCUAAAUUAGACAAAGGAAAGAAAACAAGUAAAGGGCAGAAUUCUAAAUUCUAUGGUUUAAAUGUAAAGACCUAGCUCUUACCCAUUUUGUGGGAUUAAUUACAUUGCAUGUUGAAUAUUUAAAUCAGUGGUCUCUGCAUUUACUUGUCUGAUCCUUAUAUUCACCAUGUGUUCAAAACCAUGUACAAUUUCUAAAAUAGUACAACAGCAAGUGCUUGUUUUUUCCUAGGUUUUUCUUAGUUCUUUAUAUAAUAUUGCAUUUUCAAGAUCUUGUUAUGUUUUUAUAUAAUAUUCUAUGAAAUGCCAUUUUCUUUUUCUUUGUUACUUAUUCCCACCAACACCAAAUUAUAGUCAAUUGAGGCUAAAUAUACCUUGUAAACGAGAAUUGGUGUUAUUGCUCUGACAGGUCUGAUAUCAUUAAAACUCUACAUUAAAACUGUUGAGUUACUGGAAUUUC